UGUCUUCCGGUGACGCACUUCCGUUACUUGCUGCUGUGGACUGUGGCCGUCGGGGUCGGUGAAGGAUUCCAAGAUGGCUGGGCGAAAACUUGCUCUAAAAGCCAUUGACUGGGUAGCUUUUGGAGAGAUCAUACCUCGAAAUCAAAAGGCUAUUGCUAAUUCCCUGAAAUCUUGGAGUGAGACCCUCACCUCCAGGUUGGCUGCUCUACCUGAGAAUCCACCAGCUAUUGACUGGGCUUACUACAAGGCCAAUGUGGCCAAGGCAGGCUUGGUGGAUGACUUUGAGAAGAAGGUGAAAAGUUGUGCUGAGUUUGUGUCUCUCUCAAAGGACAGGAUUGUGGAAUAUGAGAAACAGCUGGAGAAAAUGAGGAACAUGAUUCCAUUUGAGCAGAUGACCAUUGAGGAUUUGAAUGAAGCCUUCCCAGAAACCACAUUAGACAAGAAGAAGUAUCCCUAUUGGCCUCACCAGCCAAUUGAGAAUUUAUAAAAUAGUCGGGGACAAAGUUCUGGUCCUUAUGUUACACGAUCUGGACAGUAAAAAUAAAAAUACUUCCAUA